AUGGAUCAAAAAUCAGUCAGGUGGAGACCAGGAAGUCUGGACACCUGCAUAGAUGAACCUGAAUACCUGCCAUUUGGAGCAGCAGCUGCCACCGGCACAUGGCCUGAACAGCUAGCCUUGUCAUCAUCCUCAUCACAGGCUUUUGCCAGCCCAUGCCAAUGCCUGCCACUAAGAGUGGUUGCACCUUUGUGGGACUCCCCACCAUUAUCACCUUCUUCCCAACAGCCCAGUACCAAUCAUAGAGGGGAUGAUCCUGUAGCAGCUCAUUCCAUCCCCUCCUUAACUGCCAUCACCCCCAGCUGGGAUUCCCCAACAUCUUUGCCAGCACACACAGCUCACUCACCAAUGCCAGUAUCAUUUGUGGCAUCCCCUCCACACACAACUACUCAACCCCCCACUAAGGAUCAUCCUAACAUGGAUGAGGAACCUGAUGCAGAACUGACUGCCAACAGUCACUUUGCAGCACUUCAGCAGUUCACAGAUGAUUUGGGGAUACAAGUGACCAAGGCAAGGUGGCUAGCAAUUCUGCUCUCAGGACCAGCCUCAGAACACCCAGCACUGCUGAAUACUGCUACUGAUGGGCCUAUUGUUGCCACAUACAAUCACUACAGCAAUAUCUUGGUCAAAUCAAGCAUAAGGUUUUGGCUUUUGCUUGCAAGGGGAGAGCAGGUCAUGCAGACACAGCAAUAUAUAGAAGAUUUGAUGACAAAGGAUUGGGAUGGUGAGGAUGAAGUGGAGAUUGAUGAGGACUUAUUGUAA